CCUCAAACAUUUUCUCAUUUCCCCUUAAAGGACAAACAGAGAGCAUUUGUACUUAAGCCACACAUUCUCCUUCCACUUGAGUGAGACUCUGGAUAAACCUCUAGAAAAUGGACACCCAGGAGAAGGCCUCUGAUGAGAGGAUUUCCCAAAGUGAUUACACAUGGCUCACAGCGCUGUCUCCUCUUCUGGGCUUCGAUGCAGUUCAAUUUGCAAAGCAAAUGGAAGAAAAGGAGCAGGAAGACCGAGUACAAAUGCAGAAAGGCUUUAAUUCACGAAUGCGCAGUGAAGCAAAAAGGUUAAAGACUUUUGUGACCUAUAGGUCAUACAGUAGUUGGACACCUCAGGAGAUGGCAGCGGCUGGGUUUUAUUUGACUGGGGUAAAAUCUGGGAUCCAGUGCUUCUGCUGUAGCUUAAUCCUCUUUGGUACCAGCCUCAGGAGGCUACCCAUAGACGACCACAAGAAGUUUCGACCCAAUUGUGAAUUCCUUUUGGGCAAAGAUGUUGGAAACAUUGGCAAAUAUGAUAUAAAGGUGAAGUAUCUUGAGAACGAUAUGAGAUCAGACAAAGUAAGGUACCGUGAAGAGAGGGCCAGGCUUGAAUCCUUCAAGAAUUGGCCAUUUUAUGUCCAAGGAACGUGCCCAAGUGAACUCUCAGCUGCUGGCUUUGUCUAUACAGGCCAUAAGGAUACUGUACAGUGUUUUUCCUGUGGUGGAUAUUUAGGAAAUUGGGAAGAAGAUGAUGAUCCUUGGAAAGAACAUGCCAAAUGGUUCCCCAAAUGUGAAUUUCUUCAAAGUAAGAAAUCUUCAGAGGAAAUUACCCAGUAUAUUCAGAGCUACAAGGGAUUUGUCAAUGUGACGGGAGAACAUUUUGUGACUUCUUCGGUCAAGAGAGCAUUACCUAUAGAAUCAGAUUAUUGCAAUGGCAACAUCUUUGUUAACGAAAAACUACGACUGGACUCUUUUAAGAACUGGCCCCAGGAAUCACCUGUGGGAGCUGCAGCUCUGGCCAAAGCAGGUUUUGUAUACACAGGUGUAGAAGACAUUGUCCAAUGUUUUUCCUGUGAAGGAUGUUUGAACAAGUGGGUGGAAGGCGAUGACCCAUUAAAAGGUCACACCAAAUAUUUUCCCAAUUGUCAAUUUCUCCAAAACAUGAAGCCCUCUACAGAAGCAAUCCUAGACCUUCAAAGCCAUGGUGAACUUUCUGAAAUAAUGGAAAAUACAAAUGAAUACAAUAUUGAAGACUCAGUUGCAGUUAAUUCUAUCGUGCCAGGUAUGGCACAGGGUAAAGCCCAAUGGGUUUGGCAGGCAAAGAGUUUGAGUGAGCAACUCAGAGCUGCCUACACCAAUGCCAGUUUCUACCAAACGUCUUUGCUUGAGGUCUCUUCCUGUCGGGAUAUCAACCACUUGCUGCAUUGUGAUCUGUCCAUUACUUCAAAGCACAUCAGCAACAAUGUGCAAGAGCCCCUGGUAUUGCCUGAAAUAUUUGCCAACUUAAACUCUGUCAUGUGUGUAGAGGGUGAAGCUGGUAGUGGAAAGACAGGCCUCCUGAAGAAAAUAGCUCUUCUCUGGGCAUCAGGAUGCUGUCCCUUGUUGAACAGGUUCUGUCUGGUUUUCUACCUCUCUCUUAGCUCUAGCAGACUGGACCAGGGGCUGGCCAAUAUCAUUUGUGACCAACUCCUAGAGACAGAAGGAGCUAUUACUGAAAUGUGCCUGAGGAACAUCAUCCAGCAGUUAAAGAAUCAGGUGUUAUUCCUUUUGGAUGACUAUAGAGAAAUGUGCUCCACCCCCCAAACCAUACAAAAACUGAUUCAAAAAAACUACUCAUCACAGACCUGCUUAAUGAUUGCUGUCCGUACAAAUAGGACCAGGGACGUCCGCCGAUACUUAGAUACAAUUCUAGAGAUCAAAGUGUUUCCCUUCUAUAACACCAUCUAUAUAUUACGGAAGCGCUUUUCGUACGAUAUGGGCCGUCUGCAAAAUUUUAUGAUUUACUUUGCAAGGAAUGAACAUCUUCAGAAAAUUCAGAAAACUCCCCUCUUUGUGACAGCAGUCUGUGAUAAUUGGCUUAAGUAUCCUUUUUUCCAGUCCUUUGACGAUGUGGCUAUUUUCAAGUCCUAUAUGGAAUGUCUUUUCAUCAGGCAUAAAACUACAACUGAACUUCUCAAAGUAACUGUGUCCUCCUGUGGUAAGCUGGCCUUGAAAGGGUUUUUCUCACCUUGCUUUGAGUUCAAUGAUGAUGACCUCACAGAAGCAGGAGUUGAUGAAGAUAAAGAACUAGCCAUGUACUUGAUGAGCAAAUUCACAGCCCAGAGACUGAGACCAGUCUAUCAGUUUUUAAGUCCUGCAUUCCAAGAAUUUCUUGCUGGAAUGAGGCUGAUUGAACUCCUGGAUUCAGAUAGGCAGGAAGAUCAAGAUUUGGGACUUUAUUAUUUGAAACAAAUUAACUCAUCCCUGAUGGUUAUAGGUCCCUGUAAGAGUUUUUUUAACUACAUAUCCAGCCAUCCUUCAACAAAGGCAGGGCCAAAAAUUGUGUCUCAUUUACUUCAUUUAGUGGAUAAUAAAGAGUCACUUGAGAAUAUAUCUGAAAAUGAUGACUUCCUGAAGUAUCAUCCAGAAAUUUCCUUGGAGAUGGAAUUAAUUAGAAAGCUAUGGCAACUAUCUCCACAAGAUUACUUUUCAUUCAUUUCAGAACAUUUACUGCUUCUUGCCCUAAAAAUUGCUUAUCAAAGUAAUACUGUUGCUGCAUGUUCUCCAUUUAUUUUGGAAUUCCUUCGAGGAAGAACACUGAGUUUGAAUGUCCUUAAAUUACAGUAUUUUUUUGACCACCCAGAAAGUGUAUCAUUGUUUAAGAGCAUCCGGGUCUUGAUAAAAGGAAAUAAAAAUCUACCUAGAGCAGACUCUUCAGUCCUGGAAAGAUGUUUUGACAAAUCACAGGCACCAACUAUAGAUCAGGACUACGCUUCUGCCUUUGAACCUAUGAAGGAAUGGGAGCAGAAUUUAGCUGAAAAAGAGGACAACAUAAGGAGAUUUCUGAAUAUGCAACUCAGUGUUCCACCAGACAUCAGUACUGGCUAUUGGAAACUUUCUCCAAAGCAGUUCAAGAUCCCCCUUCUGGAAGUACGUGUAACUAAUAGUGAUUCUGUGGACCAGGAGAUGGUCAGGGUUCUAAUGGCAGUUUUCUCAGCUUCACAACUUAUCGAACUCCGUUUAGACCAUAGCAGGGGGUUUAUUGAGUGCAUCUGCCCGGUUCUUGAGCUGUACAAGGCCUCUUUCACCAAGUGCUCCAUCAAUGAGUCUGAACUCAGCGCAGCAGAACAGAAGCUGCUUCUCACCCUGCCUUCCCUGGAAUCUCUUGAAGUCUCAGGGACAACCCAAUUACAAGAGCAAAUCUUUCCUAAUUUGGAUAAAUUCCCGUGCCUGAAAGAACUCUCUGUGAAUCUGGAUGGCAAACAAAAUGUUUUUUCAAUUAUUCCUGAAGAAUUCCCAAACCUCCACCAUAUGGAGAAAUUACUGAUCCAAGUUUCAGCUGAAUAUGAUCCUUCCAAACUAGUCAAACUAAUUCAGAACUCUCCAAAUCUUCAUGUUUUCCAUCUGAAAUGUAACUUCUUUUCGGAUUGUGAGUGUCUCAUGACUGUACUUGCUUCUUGCAAGAAACUCAAAGAAAUUAAGUUUUCUGGACCAUUUUUUGAAGCCAUGCCAUUUGUAGUCAUUUUGCCAAAUUUUAUUUCUCUGAAGAUAUUAAAUCUUGAACAAGAAUUUCCUGAUAAGGAAACAUCUGAAAAAUUUGCCUAUAACUUAGGUUCUCUCAAUAAUCUGGAAGAACUAAUCCUUCCUACUGGGAAUGGGAUUCAUCAAGUGGCCAAACUGAUCAUCCAGCAGUUUCAGCACCUUCGAUGUCUCCGAGUUCUCUCAUUUUGCCAGACUUUGAAUGAUGACAGCCUGAUGGAAAUUGCCUUGGUAGCAAUCAGUGGAAGCUUCCAGAAACUUGAGAACCUAAAUCUUUCAAUCAAUCACAAGAUUACAGAGGAAGGAUACAGAAAUUUUUUUCAAGUACUAGACAACUUGCCAAACUUACAAGGGUUAAUUAUCUCGAGGCAUUUCACAGAGUGUAUCAAAGUUCAGGCCACAACAAUCAAGGCUUUGAGUCAAUGCGUGUCACGACUGCCAAGCCUCACCAAACUUGACAUGUUAAGUUGGCUCAUUGAUGCAGAAGACAUCAUGUUGCUUAACACCAUGAAGGAAAGACAUCCUCAAUCGAAAUACUUAACUAUUUUGUGGAAGUGGGUACUGCCAUUCUCUCCGAUCAUUCAGAAAUAAAAGAUUUCAGUUAAAAA